GUUACGUUUGCAGUAGGCAAAAUGCUCUUAAUGAUUUUUUGAAUCCUAAUCUCAUUCCUCUUAUUCUUCAGGAUCACAAACAAGGAAAAAAGAAGAAGCCAAACCAAAGAGUUGAAGAAAGUAAUUAAAAGAGGGAUGGCACACUCUAUUGAGAUUACCCCAAUUGAUCACCGAACUCCGCUGCUUCGUCAAGCAACAAAAGAUGAUGAGAUAAAAGAAGGGGAGAAAGUGGGUCAUUUAAUCGAGACUAAUAAAAGAGAUGGUCAAGAUCGACCAGGUUUUCAAACAAGUAAAUCUGCAAAUAAAAUCUUAGAUGAAAUAUAUAAGGAUUUGGACAAUUUGGCUAUCAGGUCCACCACCAUAUUCAAAGUAAAUGUGGGGUUACGUGAAUCAAAUCCAGAUGCUUAUACACCAAAAAUGAUCUCCAUUGGUCCUUACCAUAAAAAAAAUCAAGAACUUCACUCAAUGGAAAAGUACAAAUUGUUAUACCUACAACGGUUUCUCCGGCGGAAAGAGGGGCUUAACGUGGAAAGUUGCAUCAGAGAAUUGGAGGAACUGAAAGAUGAAGCAUUAAUGUGUUAUGAUGACAUAAAGGACCUUAUCGAUAGUGACAACAACACUGGUGAAUUUUUGAAAAUGUUGUUGUUUGAUGGUUGUUUUUUGGUUGAGUUUAUUCGAGAGGUUAUUGGAAUAAAACCAACAGGAGAAGACAUGAUUAUCCUUGGAGGUUGCCUUGAUGACCAAGUACGUCGUGACUUGUUGUUAUUAGAAAACCAACUUCCCUUUUUUGUCCUUACCAAACUUCAUGACAUGACUAAAGAUGAAAUUUAUGACAUACCAUUCACAAAAAUGGUGAAGUGGAUUUUUUUUCAUGAUUUACCGAAGCUGACCCCUGCAUCCUUUAAUGAGAGUGCAGGUAAUGCCGCAGAAAUCAAACAUUUACUUCAAGUAAUACACAUGUCAUGUCACCCUUCAGAGAUGAAAACUAAUAAGCUAACUGGGAAUAUUAGCAAGGAAGCAGAACAUUCCAGGAAAAACUUAUGUUGUAAUCUUUUGCAAAGAGUUAGGCCGAAAGAAAUGCCAAAAGAUAAGGACAACCUGACAUGGCAAGACAACAUGCCAAAUGCUACAGAGCUUUGCGAAGCUGGAGUUGGAUUUUCAAAAGUUGGAAAUAUUUAUGCUUGCUUGGCGGAAGAUAACCUUGGAGAUAGCACAAGUUUAUUUGAUAUUGGAUUUGAGAAUGGAUUGAUGACAAUUCCUUGUUUUAAAGUCACCGAUAAUACAGAGACCCUCCUGAGAAAUUUUAUAGCUUACGAGCAACAUUCACCUGAUAUAGAUCCUAAAUAUUUCAGUGAAUUUGCAGUUUUCAUGGAUCAUCUUAUCGACUCGGAAAAAGAUGUCACUCUGCUUCGCCUAAAAGGAAUUAUCGCGAAUGACAUAGGAGAGGACAAAGAAGUGGCUAACUUAUUUAAUAACAUUGGGAAGGGGGUCGGUAUUUCAUCAGACUUCCAUUACAAAGAAGUAUGUGGAAAAGCAGUGCAACAUUGUGAACAACCAUGGAACAGAAUGAAGGCAAGUUUGAGGCGCAAUUAUUUUCAUAGUCCGUGGGCAGGAGUUUCAACUGUGGCGGCCGUCAUACUCCUCUUACUCACAGUUACACAGACAGUUUUAUCUUUCAUAAGUGUUCUUAAGUAGAGAACUUAAUUAUGGCCUAUGGUUGUUUGGUUUUGUUAAUCUUUCUAGUAUGCUUUUCCUCACUACUAUUUGUGCUUUGA